AUGGAAGGUGCUGGUGGUGGAAUAUCAAGAUUGGGGAGAACUCAAGAGGAUUUGAAUAGAUGCAGAAUGAGAAUUGAUGCAAAUGUUGAAAAUCAAAAAGAAUAUUCAGAAAAUAUUGCAGCAAUGCAUAAAAAGAUAAUUGAAUAUCGUAAAAACAUUAAAGAUUUGGAAAGAAAACUUGGACUUCAAAAAGGACAACAACCAUUAACUACAAUAGAAACUCCAAUAUCUUUUUUGGGAGAUUCUGGGUUUUUAGGAGAUGGAACAACUUUGUGGAGUGGAAGGGAAACAAUUAAUAUGAAUUAUGAAAAUGUUUUGAUGAAAUUAGAUGAUGAAAGAAGAAGAUGUGAAGAUUUAAGAAUGGAAUUAGAACAGGAAAGAAUGCAAAGUGAACGUUUUCAAAGCGAGAUUAUGGAAAUACAAAAGGAAUUUGAAAGGGAAAUAAGAGAAAAGGACCGUCAACAUAAAAAUAAAGAAAAGAAUUUAACUGAAUAUCUCAGAGAUGAACAAAAAAAGGUUUUGGAUGUUUGGACAGAACUUAAACGAGUUAGAAGACAAUUUGUUGAUUUAAGAGAACAAACGGAAAGAGAAUUGGAUAAUCAAAAGGAAGAAAUAACAAGAUUAUUAAAAAAUAUAAGAAUAAAUGGAAUUGAGGGAGGAGGAGGAAAAGUUUUUACUGAUGAAAAAAUUAUUUUUGAAAUUAUAAGAAGAAUUAAGGACGGAAAAGGAGGGAGAGAAAUAUUUGAUUAUGAAGGCAAAAUUAAAACAGAAAGUGGUGAAGAAAUAAAUUCGGAAUUAUAUAAAGAAUUAAUUAAAAAAUAUGAAGAUGUACUUGAAAGAAAUAUACAAUUCGAAUCAAGUAAGGAUGAGAAUGCACGUCGUGUGAGUGAAUUAGAAGCUGAGUUGCGUGCCGCAAAAGAAAAAUUGAGUGGUUAUCAAAAUGCAACAAGAAAAAUCUACGAAAUCUGUUCAUUAAAUUCCUCAAAUGACGGUGUCCGUUCAAGAUCUCUUUCCCCAACAAAGAUAAAUCCUUUUGAUGCUGUAAGAAAUGUCCAAAAAGCUUUACAAAAAAGGGAUAAUGAAAUACAACAAUUGGGGGAAAAAUUGAGAGGAAUUGAAAGAUUACAAAUUGAAUUAAAUACAAAAUUAGUUAAAAAUGAAGAAUCAAAAAGGGGACUUGAAAGAGAAAUUGUUUCUAUGAGAAGAAAUAUACAAGAACUUGAACGAAGUUUGGAGGAAUCAGAAAGGGAGCGAAGGCGAUUAGAUGACAAAUACAAAAUGGCAAUGAGUGAUUUGGAUGCUUCUGAAGCGUCAAAGAAAAUUUUGGAAAAUGAAUUGAAUUUAAUUAAACAACAAAUAGAAAAAAUUGCUGGAGAAGAAAAGAGAAAGGCUAGGGAGGAAAUUGAACAAUUUAAAAAUGAUUUAGAAAGUGAUUAUUCUAAUAGAAUAGAAGAAUUAAAUAUAAAAAUAAAAUCUUUACAAGAAGAAAAAAGAAAUAUUAAAAAUGAAUUAAAUUUAAUGCAACAACAAAUUAAGGACUAUGAAAUUAAAGUACAGACAUUAAAACAAAAGUUUGAAGAAAAAGAAAUUCAAUAUGAAAUAAUGGAAAAACAAUUAAAACAAUUAAAUGAAGAAUUAAAAUCUAAAAAAGAAGAAAUAGACAAUUUAUUAUCGAAACUAGAAGAAUUAAAUAAAUUAAAAGAACAACAAACAAAAACAAUAAAUGCUUUAGAACAAAAUCUGAGAGAAUUAAAACAACAAAGAGAUGAACAAAAGUAA